AUGAACCUGUCUAAGUGAAUCAGCGUGUCAAAGAUUGUAUCACACAUGAAUUGAAAGAGGCAGGAUUAGGAGAAUCAAGGGUGAGUGUAUCUGUGUAUCCUUUCUAUCACAGUGUAGUUAUGAAGAAAGAGGGUAGAAGAUUUUUGAAGAGGAUGGGCUGACAUCAAAAAAUGUGAUAGAUCUGGUUCAGCUAACAGGUAACUGUGAUGCACUGCGACUUGCAUUUGUUUAUUUUCAUAUGAUUUUCAGAGACUUGUCCUUACCAGGAAAAAAAGGAUUGUCAGAGACUUCACAGCAGGAUGAAAUAUAAUCUGCAUAUCCUGCACUUGGAAAAGGAACAUCCAGAAUCUACUUAAGACAGUUUAUGGUCUUUGUAUAGGGACUACAGCAGUGUUCCUCUUCAUAAUUUGAACUUCCAGUGACCUGUUCCAGAUCUACUGACACGUCUUUUCAUGUAAAGAGAUUGAUUCGAAUAAGACCAUAUGUUUAUCCAUUUCAUACAUUCAUGAUAUUAUUGGCAUAUGAUUGAUGAGACACAAGGAAUGGUCUGUAGAGGUCGGAUUGGAUAUGGUACAUGGUUGGAGUGAUGAUGACAUGAUAGCCUAUUGGCUGAUACCCGAUGCUGAUUUGGAGGAUCUGGAAUUUCGGGUGAGUAUAUGGACCUCAUGAGUCCCCCAUGGAUCAGGAGUGGUAUUUCAUCUCUUCAAUGAGGAACUCUCCUACUGUUUCGACUCUCAAGUUGACCAACUAGUUGUGAUGCCCAAGAAUUUGUGGUGUUCCUUCCUUGAUCGUUUCCUUUUGUAUUCCUUAGACAGGACAAAUGGCUUUUCCUUUUAAAUUCGAGCGUUACAAUAGGAAAGUUUGUGUUUCAUAGGUCAAAAACAGGAUGGAGAAACUGAAGUGAAGGUGUAUUUUCAUGUACGCAAAGUUAUGAAAGCUUCGGUUCAUGCCUGUAGAUUUCCAGCAUACAAGGUGCUGGAUAUUGAUCUGUCAUUUUCUUAAUCACUCCAAGCUAUUGUCGGAUGUUUCAUAUCACAGGAGGAUGUGAGGCUUCUUGAUCUCCAUUCAGGAAUGUGUACUGUGACUAAAUGUUGCGUGCUCCUUUUGUGGGAAUGCUGCCAUAGAUGAAAGAUGAAGCAAAUGGAAAGUAUUGUUACUUAACAAAGCGACGUCCUCCAAGAUGCAAAAUACGGCAAAUAUGUACCUGGCCCUACAAAAUAUUGUAAAUUUCUAUUAAUCACAUAUAGGGAAGUCAUAUUUGGCAUCUUCCUACACGGUACCUGCAGAGAGAAUGAUAUCAUGUUGCUUCUCUUCUAAGCCUACCGGGAUUUGCCAUAAUGCUGUAGCCUUCUUAAUGGUCUUGUUCAAGACGCGCAAACUAACACAGCCCUUUUGUCUGAACGAGUAAACUUUCUUGGCUUUUCCGAAAAAUAAAACAAAAUUUAGUGACAGUACCACAUAAAAUGAAACAAAUGAAUUAUGAAAUUAAUUUUUUUUGGAGACUUCUAAUCAAUAUCAAAUAUUUGUUUUUUUCUCAUGGUGCAGGGGAGAGAAGUUCUGCAUAAUGAUACUUGAUUUCCAACUAGUCCCUACUUAGCAUGUGUAUCGAAGUUGCAAUGGGAAAGCAAUUGUUUUGAGAAAUAGGAGUUUUCUUCUAGUAAAAAGGCAUGGAUUUUGUGGUGUUGUCCAAGAGAAGGAGCAACAUUACUCGGAAACUGCUCUUGGCUGCUGGCAUUACUGCAAUUUGCUUCCUUAUAUUCAGAACAUCACCUGGUUUUAGUAGUUUCAUGAAGUUUGCUCAACGUGAACCUGGUGUAACUCAUGUCUUAGUUACCGGAGGUGCUGGCUUCAUAGGUUCUCAUGCUACCCUUCGACUCUUAAAGGAUUCAUACCGUGUAACUAUAGUGGACAACCUUUCGCGUGGAAACAUGGGCGCUGUAAAAGUUCUCCAGGAAUUGUUUCCUGAGCCAGGACGACUUCAGUUUAUUUAUGCUGAUUUAGGAGAUGCAGUAGCUAUUAACAAGAUAUUUAAACGAAAUGCAUUCGAUGCUGUGAUGCAUUUUGCAGCUGUUGCAUAUGUUGGUGAAAGUACACAAGAGCCUCUUAGGUACUAUCACAAUAUUACAUCAAAUACAUUGCUACUAGUUAAGGCAAUGGCAACACAUGGUGUAAAGACAUUAAUCUAUUCGAGUACCUGCGCCACGUAUGGAGAGCCUGAGAAAAUGCCUAUUACAGAAGUAACCCCACAAGCACCGAUAAAUCCGUAUGGCAAAGCGAAGAAAAUGGCUGAAGAUAUCAUACUAGACUUCUCAAAAACUUCUGAUAUUGCUGUCAUGAUAUUAAGGUAUUUCAAUGUAAUUGGCUCCGACCCUGAAGGAAGAUUAGGAGAAGCUCCUCCACCAGAAUUGCGCGAACAAGGUCGUAUAUCUGGUGCUUGUUUUGAUGCAGCCAGGGGAAUAAUUCCAGGGCUAAAGAUAAGAGGAGUAGAUUACAACACACCUGAUGGAACUUGUAUACGAGACUACAUCGAUGUGACCGACCUAAUCGACGCUCAUGUAAAAGCGUUAGAGCAUGCAAGACCUAGCAAAGUUGGUAUUUACAACGUCGGGACAGGAAAAGGUAGUUCAGUGAAACAAUUCGUCGAAGCUUGUAAAAGGGCUACCGGAGUUGACAUAAAGAUUGAAUACCUCAGUCGACGUCCAGGAGAUUAUGCUGAAGUUUAUAGUGAUCCUUCUAAAAUUAGGCGUGAAUUGAAUUGGAUAGCGAGAUACACGCUAGAAGAGAGCUUAGCAAUAGCAUGGAGAUGGCAGAAGGCACACAGAAAUGGUUACAACUAGAGUAGAUAAGUUUAAGAUUGAACUCAUUUAUUUUGUUUAACAUUUAUACCUCUAACCUUGGUGGUAGGACCAAAAUUUUCACCAAGGGGAUUCAAAAUAUAAAAUGUAAAACACACACAAAAAAACAAGGUAAUUUUGACCUCAUAUAUACGAGUCCGGAGCCAAAAUGGCUUAUUUUUGCAGCCAUUAGACCAAAAUAGGGUGUUUUUUUUUUAUACCAUAAUGGGCAUUUCGUUGAUUAUUCAACGAAAUGCCCAGCAUUUACUGUUCAUAGCCGCAACAAUUUUUUUUUUUUUUUUGUUUGC